AUGCCUCCAAACGAGCGCGAUGCCGCUCUUCCUGACAAGGCGAUAAGGCACCAACGCUCUGGCUCUGACUACGGUCGAGCCCUCAUUCCCAUGUGGGACAGCUCCGAUCCUGUGCGAGCACCUCCGCCGCUGCCACUCAAUACGCAGUCGCCCAGCGUCGGAGUCGGAACAUCGCGUGCCGGGACUUCUGCCGCAAUCCAAUCUGCUCAUGCGGCACUGCAUGAGAAAGCCCGCGAGGCUCUCGGCUCUACCGCUCUGGCCAGGCGCAUAGAGUCACCGGAGCGCCUACCUCGAGCCCCAGUUCCACCCUCUGCCCCAGUCAUCACGCCCUCGUCGCAACCACACCGUCGUCUGCCCCCAGUCCAGCCAGGCUCUGUUCGUGACCUAAGUCUUUUGAUUGAGGGUGGUCGUGACUCGAGCAGCCCCACCCCACGCUCUCCCGAGAAAGCCGUGCGACCGACGACGCCGGUGCGAGGCCGCGAUAGUCUCCUGCCAAACGAGAUGGAUGACCGUCCUAUCUAUGUGUCUCCAGUUCCCGGUCCCAGCUACACACCUAUCGUACGGCCGAUCGUCCGGCGACCACACCAGACCAUCCUGGGCGAGAACACAUCUCCCCAGUCGGCGACAAUGCUGGCUCUACACAGUAUGGCGUCGACAAAUCCGAAUCAGAAAGACUCUGGUCCGUUUUCCAGCGCUCCACCGUCAGCAUCGCAGCGCGAAGCACCCGCUCUGUCAAACGUGACAAAUGGCGCCGCAGGCGGCACCUACGUCAAGAAUGCGAUGCCGAUAGGCAAGGCGCAGCCUGUCCCGGCGCUGGACGCGCUCUCGCAACAAAUUCUCAGCCUGACCAACAUUGCUACGUCUUUGCAGAAAGAGAUGGGCCUACUCAGUCGCCGAAGCCGAGACAAUGCGACCGAUCUUCUCAGUCUCAAGGCGGCCACCAACGCAAGAGACGAGGACAUCAGGAAAAGUCUACGUGAGCUCAUCACCACGGCAGGAGAUUCCAAGUCUCAAUCGACAACCAGAGAUCCGUUUAGCGGAGGCUUUCUCAUCGAUAGCAAGCCCCACGCGCAUAUGAUGUCUCCGACCCAGAAAGCUCUUCGGCCAUUUUCGCUUCCUCGGAUCCCUUCGCCAAACAGCUUCGCCGCAUCUAUCGACCGCGACUCUAUGAGCACUCCGUCAUUAUAUGGGGCAGAUGGACAGGCUACCAUUUCCCUCGUCGAAAAAGUUCUCCAUGAAAUGGGUACGAAGGAAGGCCAAGAGCUGUUGCUUAGCCGCCUCAGUGAGAUCUUGAACAGACUCGACGGCAUGGCAUCGGCAUCAAAGAUCGAAGAGCUGCUGCGUGUAGUGAGAGAGCGUCAGGAACAGACCAUCAUUUCCAUGCCCCGCGGCAGCGAUGCCGGUGAUAGCCGCCGCUCGCGGUCGUACAGCUUUGAGGAGCCUUCUGGCUCGGAAAUGGAAUAUGCUAGCAGCGACCAUAUUACGGAUCGGAUGGAGCGUCUGAUGCACCGGAGCGUGCCCGAAUUGAGGCGGUCUUCUGCUCCAAAUGUACGAAUCCCAGAUGGGCUCAAUGACGACGUCUUGAAAGUCAUCAGGACUGUCAAGGACAGCGUUGCUCAGGGCGGUGGUCUCACAGCUGAAGUCAAAGCCCUCGUUCGGGAGCUUCGUGGAGAGGUUCUUGGAAUGGGUCGUGAGAUUGGCCGACGUCUCGACGAAGUCUGGGCCAAGGAGGAGGACGAACCGGAGUCGAACACGAGAGUCGAUAUGGCAAAGGUCGUCGAGGAGGGCCUUGCUGAGAUGAAGCAACACAUGGGCAACCUUAUGCGAGAGCACCGACGCCAAUCUGCUGGCACUGUGGCCACUGCCGCUGCCGCUGCAGCCGAAGCCAUUCCUCCCAUCGACUACGAGGAGGUUCACAAUCUGAUUCGUUCCGCGCUGAAGGAGGCGCAGGCCAAUCAGGCCGAUGCUUCCCACGCCAGCAAGGAGGACGUGAUUGAGGCGGUCAAGGAUGCUUGGGAGUCGUACAAGCCGGAUAUCGAAGUUCAACAAAUUGGCUUGGAGCGCGAGGAGGUGCUGGCUUGUUUGCGAGAGGGCCUUCGGCAAUAUUCCCCUCGCGACGAACGGUCCGCGGGUGUUACGCCCGACGAAGUGUUUGCGGCUGUUGUAGAAGGCCUGAAACACUUUGUUCCCCCCCAGAUGCCAGCGGCAAGCUUGUCCCGAGACGAGGUUCUUGGGGCUGUUCGCGAGUGCCUCGAGGAUUACGAGUUUCCUGUCGCUCCAUCGGCAAUAGGUGGCGCCGAAAUCACCAAGGAGGACAUGCUUGAUGCCGUUAAGGAAGGGCUGAACGGGUUCGACUUUCCCCAUGCCGAUCGUGACAGCAUGGCCCUGGUGGCGCCCACUACCGGCAAUGACGAGAUUGUCGGACGCCUUCAGGAUAUUAUGAAGUUUAUGCGCGAUGAGUUCAAGGCCGUUUCUGACGAGGCGAAAGAGAACGUGGCUGCCAACGGACGUGAUACCGAACAAGUCUUGGAUGCUACCAGAGAUGGGCUUGAGAAACUCCGUGCCGAUCUCGAAGUCUACGUCGACAAAGUCUCUGCUGCUGUGUCUGGCCAAGACUUCUCCGAGAGUUUGGUUCGGACCCUUGAUGUUUUCCGCGACGAGAUCGCAGACCUCGUUUCUAAGGCGAACGACGGGUCCAAAGACAUGAUCCGGGAGGAAAUUGAGUCGCUGAGAGACACCGUGAACUCGUCUCUAGUUCCGGCUGUCCCUCAGCCGCAACAGCCUUCGGCGGCCAUGAGCAACCGUGAAGUUUUGGAAGCACUGCAAGAGGGUGUUGGCCUGCUACGGACCGAAAUCAAUAACCGCCAUGUUGCUGGCACGUCAGAGGUGCUUGACGCGCUGCAAGAAGGCAUGUCCGAUCUUCGCGACAGCAUUGAAAAAUUCCGUAACAAGCCCUUGGACCUGACAGCAAAUGACGAAAUUCUGGAGGCUUUGAAAUCCGGUCUUAGUGACGUUCGCACGGACAUCGAUGGCUUGCGCGACCAGAGCCGGGAUAUAGCCACGGUGGAGAGCACUGCCUUGGUUCCGACUGGAAUGCUUCGACCAGACGACAUCAAGAAUCUCGAGAUACUUAUUAUGCAACUCCGCUCAAAGGUCGACGUCAUGGGCAACGUAUCGGAGCCGACGGCGCGUGCAAUGUCUCCCGAAUCGAUAUCUGAAUCGUCGCCCGAGUCCACGUCUGAAUCGUCGCCCGAAUCGAUAUCCGAGGCGACGCCCGAAGUAGCCCGUGGAGGGGCGGUGGCUAUGCCACUAGACGAUGAGUGGAAAGAGAAGCUCGCAAAAAUGGAGAGCAAACUGCACAUGAUCCACGAGACAGUAUCGGGACUGACAGGCAUCCCGAGCCGGGAGGGCGCACCGGCGCCUGUGGAGGUGCCACGCGCUGCAACAGACGCGGCCAAUCGGGAGGAUGUUGAGGCUAUCGAAACGAUUCUGCGCAACACGAAGGCACGUCUCGAUGACAUGAUUGACGAUGAUCAGGUCGUACGCAAGGAUCACAUCGAUGUGAUUGAGGCUCUCGUGCUGGAAACGAAGCUCAGUCUUGGCGGCUUGAAAACUCAGAUGGACGGGCUGUCCUCGCGUGAGGAUGUCAAUAUGGUGGAGUCUCUGGUGUCGCAAAUCGCCAGAAGCUUCGACGACAUGAAGGAGCGUCACGAGCAACAGCUGGAAAAUCCCGACAAAGUCACCAAAGCUGACAUCAAUGCUAUCUCGAUGGCCUGUCUAGACGUGAAGUCGGCAGUCGCAAACUUUGCAAAGGUCGAUGAAAUCACAGAGCUGCCGACAAAACACGAUCUGGCGAGACUAGAAGCAGUCAUUGCAGAACUCAAGAACCGCCUGGAGACAGAAGCGGAGGUCAGCUCGAAAUCUUUCGAAGAGCGACAGGCUGAGAUUGUUGGCGUGAGCGAACGGGUAAGCGAGGUGAAGGUUUUCCUGGAGGAGUUCCAGGAUUCGAUCAAAUCCAACCUAGAAGGCGGUGUUGUUGGCAUCGAAACUGUCGGCAAGACCUUGGAGACUCUGGGCGAGACCAUGGGCCAAAGUGGCAGCGACUUGCAUGGCCUGCUAGAGAAGAUGAGAGCAGAGUUCGAAGAGUCGAGAGCCAGCGUCAUCGGUGCCAAAUUGGAGACAGACGAGAAGUUCCAAAAGACCACGGAGACACUUCAGUCGAAUAUUGACGAGCGCAUCGGAGAGAUGAUGGCCAAGCUCGGCGAAAUUCAGGUGUCUGCAGAGGCCCGGGUCACGGCGGAGGAGGCCCGUGAUGUCGAGGUGGAAGCAGCAGUGGUCGGCACGAAAACCUUGGCCGAGGAGCUCAAACUGCUGGUGGACACGCUCGGGUCUGCUGUCACCGACUCGCUCGAGAAGAUGGAGGAGGCAUCAAAAACAGUAUUCGACCGGGUCGGGGUCUUGGUGGACGAGGCAGAUGAGCACCAUGUUGAUGCCAAAGUAGAACACCAGCAGACUCGGGACCAGGUCAAGGAGGCUAUGGACGUUGUCAACGGCUUGCACGGCCAUGUGAUUGAAUACCAGCCCAAGAUCCUGGACACGAUCAAGGACGUGUUGACGGUUGUGAGCGAACAUUACGAACACUCUAAAUCGUCCAGUACCACGAUGCAAGAAAAGCUUGUCGAUACCAGAGGGGUCAUUGAGCAACAGCUGGUGCCACCGGCAGUUGAAAAGUACAACGACUCGACGGUGCAGGAAAAACUCGACAAGCUCGUUUGCCAGGCAGACCGAGCAGCAGAUGCAAUCACCAAGCUGGACAAGAUGGACGAACUCGUCAGCCACACGCACACGGUCGAUGAGGCCCUUUCCAAGCUAGACAGACUUGUUGAGCAUUCCGAAGACACGGACAAGGCGUUGGAGCAGCUUGAGAAGCUGGAGACGCUCGACUAUCUUGUGGCACAGUCCGAGACGACAACCCAGGCGCUGGCUGACCUUGAAAAACUCGUCAAGCUGGAUCAAAUCAUUGAUCUGACCAGCCUGGCCGGGCGGGCGUUCGACAACCAGCGAUCUAAGAUUGACCGGCUUAUCGACCACACGCAGGUUACGAACGAAGCGUUGAAGGGACUGGAGAAGCUUGAAGAGCUCAAAAAGCUGAGCAAUCUGGAGCAGCUUGAGAAGCUAGCCCAGCUUGAGAAGCUAGAGCAGCUUGAAAAGCUUGGACAGCUAGAGGGUCUUCAAGAGCUUCGAAACCUGGAACAGUUGACGAAGAUGGAACAGCUGGACAAGUUGGAGCAACUGGACAAACUAGAGGGACUGGAAAAGCUGGACCAACUGUUUGACCUAAAUCAACUGGAGAAGUUGAAGGAACUAGAAAACCUGCAACUGCUGGAGAAGCUCGGAGAGCUGGAGAAGCUUGGAGGACUAGAGAAGCUUGGCGACCUUGAGAAGCUGGCUGAUCUGGAGAAGCUUGGAGGGCUUGAAAAGCUUGAGCUGUUGGAGAAGCUAGAUGGGCUAGACAAGCUUCAACAGUUGGUCGAGCUGGAGCAGCUUGGAAAGCUGGAACAACUCGACAAGCUGGAGCAACUCGACAAGAUUGAGCAGCUAGAAAAGCUUAGUCAACUGGAGAGCCUCGGCGAGCUCGGCAAGCUCCAGCAACUCGACAAGCUGGAUCAACUGGAAAAGCUUGAGGACCUGCAGAAGCUCGAGCAACUGCAGACGCUUGGACAACUGGAGAAGCUCGAACAGUUAGAGAAGCUUGGCCAACUCGAGUCUCUUGGAGAACUAGAGAAGCUGCAACAGCUGGACAAGUUAGAGCAACUAGACAAGCUCGAACGGCUAGAGAAGCUCGAGAAGCUCGAGCAACUGGAGAGUCUUGGCCGGCUAGAUAACCUCGGACAGCUGGACAAACUGGGAGAACUCGAAAAGCUUGAGCAGCUGGGCAAGCUGGAUCAGCUGGAACGUAUGGGGCAACUCGACAAGCUGGAGAAACUGGACAAACUGGACGAGCUGGAGAAGUUGGACCAAUUGGAAAAGCUGCAAGAGCUGGAGCAGCUGGGACAGCUUGAAAAGCUAAGCCAGCUUGACCGGCUAGACAAGCUGUCAAAGCUGGACCAGUUCGACGAGCUUGUGGACAACUCGAGGUCAGCGGACAGAGCACUGUCCCGUCUGGACACUCUGGAGCUGGUGCACGACCAGAUGAGACGGACAGCGGCCGAGAUUUCGGUUUUCCUCUCGGCGCAGACGCAGAGGAUUGCGGACGAGCACGAGGGCCAAGAAAAGACGCUGCAAGAGACGAGUAUAGCGCUGGAGCGACGACGGGCGGAGGCGGAGCAGGCGGAGAAGAACAUCGCAUAUCUGCAGGAGGAAGAGAGGCUGCUGAAGGAGAGCGUGCUGAGCCUGCGGACAGAGCAAGAGAGCUUGCUUCGCAACCGGACACGGAUGACGGCAGAUGUGUCAUCGCUGGAGACGGCGUUGCGCAUCCGGCGAGAGGAGCUGCACGAGAUGGAAGGACGAGCAGAAGGUCUGGAGCGGCGGAUUUUGGAGGGAGUGAUGGACCACUCGCGGGUGCUUUUGAUGGCAAAGGGGAACAAGGGCCGCGAGGCUAUGAACCGAAAGAGGGUGGUGCCGUCGAAGGAGGCGAGUUCGCCAGGCCGGGCUUCAGACAUCAACAGCGGCAACAAAGCGCGGUCGGCAUUCAGCAUCGCAAUGUCUCAGCGGAAUCCACUGCCAGCAACGUCUGCCAACGGGACGGGCAAGGCGGGCUCGCGCAGAAUCCUGUCGCUCAGCCAGAUCAACAAAACCGGGGCGAGCGGGGGGAUGAAGCGGAGUCAAAGCGUGCGGACAGCCGGAGACGGACUGCGAAAGAGUAGCUGGGCCGGACGACAGGCGACGAAGACGUACGGGGGACUGGACACAGACAAGGAGAACACGCCGCUCCAUGAGACGGACGAGGAGGAUGGGGUACACGAGGAGGAGAUGGGCGACGAGGAGAUGGACGACGAGCGGUUGCACGACGACAGUGGGAUGAGCUUUGAGGCAGAGGCAAGGAUGGAAGAGGUGUAUGGGACAGGAGGAGAGUCCGAUGGCGAGAAGAUUGAUGGCGAGAAGGAUGCCGACAAGGAUGCCGACAAGGACGGAGAGAAGGACGCCGACAAGCACAGCGAAGCGGGAACGCUGCGGCGGUCGAGCUACGCGACAUCAGUAGGAACAAGAGCAGUGACUAGUGAUGACGACUCGGAUUACUCUGACAGGGACGAAGACGAGGUGAUGAGCGAAUGGACCGACAGCCAGGCGGGCGCGAAUUCGGCAGGGCCGAGUCCGGUUGAGGGUGAAUAA